AUGUCCAUGGGAGUACUCUUGUACCGGUCGGUGAUUGCACCGGUUCACCAUGGGGAGAUGAUGAAACGCGUGGAUUCAUGUUCAUAUAACAACAUUAAAUUCGUAUUCAUCUCGAGUCUAGCUUUCAAGUCCCACAUUUUGACCCCUCAAUUGCUAUCCCUCCCUUACCAACUCGUCAUCGACCCCGCCUUGCAAGAGACAACCAAACAAACCACGAAAAAAGGAGGAACCAAAAAAGAGAAAAUCAUGUCUUCGUCAAAAAAGCACGUAGUCUUCGACGUUGUAGGCACCUGCGUCUCCUUCGACGCCUUCUAUGAAGCAAUCGACUCCACAAUCGGCGCCAAACUCCGCCAACAUACCAUAACCGCCCAGCACUUUGGCUUCAGCUGGCAAACAUCUGCAGAAAUUGAAUUCACCUUCUUCUCCAUCCACGGCGGCUACAAGCCCUACAAAGACUUGCUAUCCGGCUUCUUCUACCGCACCCUCAGUCUCUGCGGUGUCCAGGACCCGAAGUCCAUCUUCACGGAUGAGGAAAGAGAUAGAUGCGUUGAAGGGUACUCGGCGCUCAAGAUGCGACCGGGUUGCCACGAAAUGUUCCAGAUACUACGGGACAAUGGGUUUACCAUCUGGGCACUUACUACUGGCGACGUCAAGCGCGUAAGCGGAUACUUUGAGCGCGCAAACUUACACAUGCCGCUUGAGAAUCUGGUUAGCUGCGAUUCCGUCGGCGUAGCGAAACCCUCGCUUGCGGCGUACCGCGUCAUGUGGGAUCGGCUGGGCGAAAACGAUGUCAAGUGGUUUGCGGCCGGUCACAUGUGGGAUGUCACUGCGGCGACCAAAGUGGGGUUUCGAGGCGCAUUUACGACUGUUUAUGAGAAGGAUGCUUGUUUGGAUGUUUUUACAGAGGCCAAGAUUGAGGUUGUGGAGGAUAGUAUGGUGGGCUUGGCUAGGGCGAUUGUGGAGAAGUCGGCAUGAAUAAUCUCCAACGUAAAAAGAAAAAUAAACAUAGAUGGUAUUAGUGCUUGCUGUAUACCAAACAGGCACACGCUUCUU